GCCGUCGCUGGAUUUCCGUCACGUUGUCCCCAUACCUUCUUCCCUUUCUUCCUACGUUUGCCGGCGGUUUUUCAACUUCCGAUUGCAGAAUCCCCCAUCCCCUUUACGUACAAAUAACCGAUUAUUUCAAAUACAUCAAUUUUCUUCUGAUUCCAUCAUAUUUGAAGUGAAAAAAAGAAGAAAUUUUGAUCCGAUUUAAGACCUUUUAUUAUUUUUCCGGAAAGAUCUUGAAGGCCGGACGUUUAUUUAUCAGCAGCAACGGGAUUCCCGGUGAUGGGUGGGGCCGCGAUGGGCCCAUCUGAAGCUUCGGUGAUGAUGUACACCCUCAAAGACUCUUAUAGUUUGUGGGAUGUAUUAAACGAUUCCCCUAUUUGGCAAGAUCGAAUUUUCCAUGUUCUUGCUGCUCUCUAUGGAAUCGUUGCCGUUGUUGCGAUGGUACAAUUAAUUAGGAUACAACAAAGAGUGCCAGAGUAUGGUUGGACGACCCAGAAGGUCUUUCAUUUCCUCAAUUUCUUGGUUAAUGGGGCUAGAUGUAUAAUUUUUGUUUUUCGUCGUGAUAUCCAACAGUUGACACCUGAGAUUGCCCGACAUAUGCUGCUUGAUUUGCCAAGUCUUGCAUUUUUCACUACCUAUGUCCUCUUGGUUUUGUUUUGGGCAGAAAUUUACUACCAGGCAAGGACGGUCUCAACUGAUGGCCUCCGACCAGCUUUCUUUAUAAUCAAUGGAGUUGUUUAUGCAAUUCAGGUUGCUCUGUGGUUAAUAAUCUGGUGGAAGCCGAUCCAAAUCUUGGUGAUCGUCUCCAAGGUUUUCUUUGCAGGGGUCUCUUUAUUUGCAGCCUUGGGAUUUCUUCUCUAUGGUGGAAGGCUAUUUCUAAUGUUGCAGCGGUUUCCUGUUGAAUCCAAAGGCCGUCGAAAGAAGCUACAAGAGGUUGGAUACGUGACAGCCAUCUGCUUUGCGUGUUUCCUUGCUAGAUGUAUCAUGAUGUGCUUUAAUGCCUUCAACGAAGCCGCCAACCUAGAUGUAUUAGAGCAUCCUGUUCUAAACUUCAUAUACUAUUUGUUGGUGGAGAUACUACCGUCGGCUCUCGUUCUGUUUAUUUUGCGGAAGUUGCCACCGAAACGAGGGAUCAUACAGUAUCACGCGAUUCGUUGAGUAGAAUAAAGCAUAUAUGGUGGAUUUGUAUUUGUGAGAUAUGUUGCUUCAGAUUUGAAUGUAACUGACCCUAUAAUUGUGGAUUUUGUUUUUACAAAAUGUAACUGCCCCGUUUAUUCAUAAACGUUGGAUUAAAAUAGAUGAAUGGUUGAGAUGAGUUGUUUUGUUCU